GGCUCGCGCAUAUUGCAGCAGCCUCACGCUCAGCUCAGUUCACAGUUCUCCAGUGCUCAGUGCUCAGUUCGCGUCAUGUGGUCCAAGAUUGCCAUUGGUGGCUCGCUCUUCCUGAUGGGUGGCGUGCUCUACUCCAGCGUGGUGGACAACUUUGCGUACAAGGAUCGCUCCCUGGAGACGGCCAUGCCCAGAAGCAAGCGUCAUGUGGCGAAGGAAUAAAACAACAAGCGAGCGACGCACAUACGAAGUUCAUAAAGUUGUGACUGCUUUCCAACCGAGUGAUGAAGCAAAGUGUACGAAAAUAUAAGAAAACUUGUCAAUUGUUUAAACAUUUAUUUGCUGUGUGGUGUGUUGUGUCUUGUUUUUAUAUAAAGUUCAUAUGAAUCACAAGCGUGAACCAGCAGCAGUUGCACUAGUUCAAACGGCUUCAUCACUUUAUGCCGCUAAGAACAACAACAACAACAACAAUAACAACGACAACCUUAUGUUAUUAUUAUUAAUUU